AUGGGAGAGCGGCAGGCGGGAGAACAACAGGCCACCACUCGGGGCGCCCGCCUGCUCCAGGUCUGCUUCCCUGGUUCCGGCUGCAUCCGGCUGGGCUCCGGGCUGGGAGCGAAGAGUCCAGGGCCGGCCGCGUGGAGCUCCCGGUUCUCCGGCCUUCACUCGCGGGGAAGUGAUUCGGAGAUCGGGUCCUGGGAAGCUCUGCCCGGGCCCUGGACCGCCCAGCUUUGCCGAGGUCCACAAUCGGACACUCGCUCUGCCAAACCAUCCCUCAGUGGCACGGAGAGGGCGAGGAGCGGAGCCGGAGAGCGCGCAGGGCGGACACAGCGCUGGGCACCGGCCCGUCCUGCCCUCCGGCCCUGGGCUGCGUCGCCCUCCCCGCCCUGCCGCUCCCGCUGGACGGUGUCCCGGUCACCUGCCGGCCGCGCGGGGCCCGGCUGCUCGGGUAUUUACGGCGCGGGCCGGCUCGCUCCGGCCCGCCGGCUUCAGUUUCAGGGUGUCCGGCGGGCGCGCAGGGCGCAGCGGGGCCCCGAGCUGGGCGGCGCCGGGCCGGGGAGGAGGAGGAGCGGGCGGAGGAGGAGGAGCGGGCGGAGCAGGAGGAGGAGAGGGCGGAGGAUGGGCUGCGGACCCAGCCGGCCGAGCUGCUGCCUGCGCCCCGGGAAGGUGCGGAAGCGGCACCGAGAACAAGAGCAGUCGCCCAAGGCAGAGCCCCAGGAGCUGAGUCCCCUCCAUAAGGAUGCAACCGCAGCUCUCCAGCAGUGCCCAUUCAAUGAGGCCGAGCAGCGCCAGGACAGCGCCAGGCUGUGGCAGCCACAUGAGGAGCAGGAGGAGAGGGCCCGACAGGUGGAGAAGGCUAGGGAGCUGGAGCUCCGGGAGAGACUGGAGGAGCAGCGGAGCGUCCUGGAGGGACAGCAUGAGGAGGCCCUUCGAGUCCUCCGGGAGUCACAUGAACAGGAGAAGGAGGCCCUGACCCUCGCCUUCCAGGAGGCCAAAGCUGCCCUUCAGGACACCAUAGCAUCCCUGACCGCCCAGCUGGAGGCUUUCCAGGCCAAGAUGAGGCGGGUGGAGGAGUCCAUCCUGACCCGAGACUACAGGAAGCACAUCCAGGACUAUGGGAGCCCCAGCCAGUUCUGGGAGCAGGAGCUGGAGAGCCUGCACUUUGUCAUCGAGAUGAAGAACGAGCGGAUUCACGAGCUGGACAAGCGAUUGCUCCUCAUGGAGACGGUGAAAGAAAAAAACCUGAUGUUAGAGGAGAAAAUCACAACCCUGCAACAGGAGAAUGAGGACCUUCACGUCCGAGCCCGGAACCAGGCGGUGGUGUCAAGGCAGCUCUCGGAGGACCUGCUCCUGGCCCGCCAGGCCCUGGAGAAGGAGUCGCAGAUCCGGCAGCAGCUGCAGCAGGAGAAGGAGGAGCUGCUGUACCGCAUCCUUGGGUCGGACGCCCCGCCCGCCUUCCCCCUGGCCUCCAUCCCUCCCACAGAGGUCUCCUUCCUGGCCACCUAGGGGACAACAGGGCCAGGCCCACUACGAUGCCCGUGUUAUGACUCCGUCCAGGAGUUUCCGGAGAAGACAGGACAGCCUCUCGGCUCGUGUCCAGGAAGACUCGAGGGCAGGGGUGAGCUGGGAGUCCAGGCAGUGCCCGAGAGCCCUGGGCACUGGGUCACAAGGACCACCCAACUGCCCUAGCAGGCCCUGGGAACACUCA